UUGGCAACUUAUAUUCUCUUUGGUCAGAAUGAGAACUGUCCAAAGAAAUUGAUAUAAUUAUAACAUCUUUAAAGAAUAUAAAUUAAAAAUUUCGUUCGACAUCAAACAAUAAAAUAACUGCAUAGAAAAAUAAUGUUUAGAGUCACGUCCUGCUUAACAGUUGCUAGGACACUUUUGUACCGUCGUUAUCCAGUAGACUUUCGUGUAGCGACGAUUUCCCGAUCCCCUACAGCGUACAAGUACAACAAGAGUUUGAAAGAGAGAGAGACUUGUCCAGUGCCUCCCCCACCACCGCCGCCUCCGCCUAAAGAUGACCGCUUGCUUUGGGGCACUAUAGCUUUAUUGUUCAUUGCUGGUGGCUUCGUGGUAUAUGCUAAGGGUUCGCCAGAAGUACGCGAUUGGUUGACGAUAAACGCGCCAUGGUUCGAUGACAUUAUAGCAAUAUUGUACCAGGAAAACAUGACUUACGGGGAGUUUGCCGUCACGUGCGUCGAUGGCACCAAGAGAUUCAUUGAACGCAUGACUGGUACUAAUAAACCAAAAAAAUGCUCGCUUGACGGCGGUGAAGUUCUCAAUUAUGAUGUCCCUGAAGAACCAAAACCAGAGGAACCCAAGGAAUGUAGUCCUGCUGAGAAAGAAGUUAUUUGUGAACCAGAACCUCCUCCAAUUGUCACAAAGAAUAUUUGUGACAUCGAGCGAUGUGUGACUGACCUAGGAGAUACUGUUAUUCUCAACUAUAACACUGCAAAGGACGCUUGCGCUUGUUACAAUUCGUUGGUAGAAAAUACAAUGAUAAAUUUCUCUUUCAAAUGUAUGAAAGAGAUACGGCCGGCUAUGGAAGAACGAAUAAAUCUUGUCAAGACCUCACUUCAGAACGCUUCCUGUGCCAUAGAUAGACUCGAUGAAUUGGUCAAAUAUCUGGAUUGUGGUGUUCAAGCAUCGAAGGAACAGAUUAAAAAUUGCAAACUCAAGAUUCGAGAUUACCGCGAGAAAUACGCUGCUGCUUUUAUCGCGUACCAGUGGGAAAAUGACAGGUCCACUGCUUUGGAUAACCAGUGGCAAUUGGUAGAACAAAUUGUGGACAAAUACACAUGGGAGAAUGAGGCGAUAUAUCCAGAACUCAAGUAUAUUCAGCCAAAACCGACUGUGUCAGGAAAUAUGGACAUAUUGCUUUAUAACACCUAUCGAUACCUUCAGUACUUGAACGAUCAGGUGAAGGACGCCUCCGAUGGUAUGACUGAGAGGAUAAAUCGCGCUAUGGAUACAUUACCACAAGACCCUGAAAAAGUAAAAGCAAGAGAGGCAAAUUUACAAAACGUGCUGAAGACUAAAAGGGCUGAAGUUGACAAGGACUUCAAAAGCAGAGAAGAUCAACAAAAAGCGGAUAAUGACAAGAAUCUGAAGGAGAGCUUGAAGAAACAGACGGAGAGACACGAUGAAAGUCUUCGUAAAAGAUUGGAACUGCUGGAGGCUGAUAUUAUGUCGAAAUUCCAAGGCAUGGUAGCGGAGAAAGUGGCCGCCGAGAAGAAAAUAUUUAAAGCUGAACUCGAUACAAUGGCUGUACAAUUGAAACUCGUUGAAGACAAACUAGAAGUUCGGUUAAAAGCGGAGCGUGAAGCUCGCCGUUCACAAGAGCUGUGGUCAGCCGGCGCCUCAUUACUAGCCGCGACCAAAAGAGGGGAGCCUUACGUCAGGGUCGAUAAAGAACUUAGGGCUAUUGAGAAAGCAUCAGGUGAUGGAGAUAAGUUAGUGACGACUGUGUUGAAGUCCAUCCCCAAGUCUGUGCGCGAGGUCGGGAUCGUGCCAGAAAGCGUACUACGAGAAGGCUUCAAUGUCAUGGAGAAGACUGCAAGAAGCGUGGCUCUGGUCGAGGCGGAUGGAGCAGCGAUGCCGGUCUACAUGAUGUCCUGGUUUCAAGGGCUUCUGCUCUUCAUGAGAAUAUCGGGAAUACCACAGGCUGAGUUUGAUAAGCCACCUGAAGAACCUUCUGACCAAUUGGACACGUUUGAUCUACUGCAGAGAGCGAGAUUCUGGUUGGAUCACGGUAACUUGGCAGCGGCGGUGCGUUACGUGGACUCGUUGAAGGGAGCGUCGCGUGCUGCCGCAGACAAGUGGUUCCAGGCUGCGCGAGCUCAUCUCGAGGUCCGGCAGGCGGCUGAGGCUGUGCUUGCACACGCCUCUGCCAUGGCCCUGCAGUACAUAUAAAUGUAUUUUAAAAGUUGGAACCAAUAUGGAGUUGUGGAUACGUAAUAAUCAAGAAACUGCAAAAUUGAUGUAAUUUUUAAAGAUUUUUAAAUUAUUACUAAGUAUAGUUUUUAAAAUCGUAUAUUUACCACUUUUAAAUUGUUUCGGUGUUAUAAAGAAAUGUUAAUUGAA